AUUGUAGAAAAUUUACUAAGAUCGUUUUUGAGUUGCCCUGGCCACACUAACUAAGCCCAUCAAGAUAUGUCACACCCCCACAGAAAAGCUAUUCGUUGUCCUGGGCAACCAAACCGAAGACCCAAUCAAACCACACAAAUUACACGGCAUUCAUUCGACACACAACAAAUAAAAUGACUCUAGGGAUAUCGCAGUAUAAUUUUGAUUUACCAACAAAUCGCUUCGAAUCACUAAGUAAUCCUUACGAUGCUUCGAUGGGCACAUACCAUCCGUUCUAUGCCAUUAUUCCGCAUAGAUCUAAUUUGAUACUACAAAUGCUGUUACAGGCAAAUUGUAUUAUAUCCAUCCUAUGGAGCUCUAGCUAUCUAUUAAACAUGGUCAUCUAUGUCAACGAUCUAUAUAAUGCAAAUGGCUUGGGCACAUUGGCAGCCUAUGUGGUGGCUGUAAUAAGCGAGAUGGUGCGUUUAUAUGCCGGCUAUUCGAUUAAUCUCUGCACUGGAGCCACAGCUCAGUGGUUAGUGUUGACUCUAACACCCUGCAUUUUGUUGCCGGCUAUGGUGUAUCUGCGUCUUUUAACCUUUGGCCAUGUUUUCUAUUUGAGCAUCUUGUCAAAUGUUUUAUUUUUAAUGAUUGCCUUGGAGAUUUUGGUAGCCAUUUUACAUUUCAUCUGCUGCAAGCCGAUGAAUAAAACGAAAUGGCAUGCCAAGGAAUAUACCAUUGAUGACAAUUCUAUGGAUUUAGUGUCACAGGAGCAAAGUUCACAAAGGACAGGUAAAUCCUAAUGACAAAUAGUAAAGUUAAAGUUUUCUUUU